AUGGGGGCUGGGCCAGGCUCCGGGCGGGGUCAGCUCUUCCUCCGCUCCCUCCUCUUCCUCCUGCUGGCCGGGCCCCCGGCACCGCGCCCAGCGGGCGGGCAGCUGCGUUACGCCGUGCCGGAGGAGCUGGAGCACGGAGCCUUCGUGGCCAACCUGGGCGAGGACCUGGGGCUGGACGUGUCCACCCUGUCGGCGCGGCGGUUCCGCAUCGUGUCGCGGGCCGGGGCCAGGCAGCACCUGGAGGUGAAUCUGGAGAACGGGAUCCUCUUCGUGAACGAGCGGAUUGACCGGGAGGAGGUGUGUGAGGCCAGGGGGACCUGCCUGCUCCACCUGCAGCUCCUCGUCGAGAGCCCGCUGGAGCUUUACCGCGUCGAGGUGGAGGUGCUGGACAUCAAUGACCACGCACCCACCUUCCCCUGGCAAGAGUAUGUGCUGGAGGUAGCCGAGUCCGCCGUGCUCGGUGCCCGCUUCCCACUGGAGAGCGCCCAGGAUCCUGACAUGGGUAGCAACUCGGUGCACACCUACCGGCUCAGCCCCAAUGGUUUCUUUUCGCUCGAGGUGCAGACACGCAGUGACGCCAGCAAGUUUGCAGAGCUGGUGCUGGAGCGUGCCCUCGACCGCGAGCAGCAACGCACACACCGGGUGCUGCUCACUGCUCUCGAUGGCGGUGUCCCUGAGCGGUCAGGCACAGCUCACAUCCUCGUCACAGUGCUGGAUGCAAACGACAACGUGCCUGCCUUUGACCAGCCCUCGUAUGGCGUGAGCCUUCCUGAGGAUGCUCCUGCCGGCACCCUGGUCAUCCAGCUCAAUGCCACUGACUUGGAUGAGGGCCUCAACGGGGAGAUUGAGUACUCCUUCAGUGGGCACGCACCACCACGCGUCCGGGAGCUCUUCCACGUAGAGCCCCGGAGUGGGCAGGUGCUGCUGAAGGGCCCCCUCGACUAUGAGCGGGCAAGCCUCCAUGAGCUCUACGUGCAAGCCAAGGACCGUGGACCCUCAGCUGUGGCUGUGCACUGCCGGGUGCUUGUGCACCUCCUCGAUGUGAAUGACAAUGCGCCAGAGGUGACCCUCACCUCUGUGUCCACACCUGUGCUGGAGGAUGCCCCACCAGGCACUGUCAUCGCUGUCAUCAGUGUUCUGGACCGGGAUUCUGGGGACAACGGGCGUGUGAGCUGUGAGGUUGGCCCUGAUGUACCCUUCGAGCUCCGCUCCUCCUUCCACAACUACUACACACUGGUCACCACACAGGCACUGGACCGGGAGGUUGUGCCCGAGUACAACAUAAGCAUCACAGCACGGGACAUGGGCUCCCCUGCCCUGCUGACCCGCAGCACCCUCACCGUCCCGGUGUCCGAUGUGAAUGACAACGCCCCACGCUUUCUCCAGCCCUCCUACAGCGUCUACGUGAUGGAGAACAAUGCGCCAGGAGCCUCCAUCUGCUCCGUCAGCGCAUUGGACCCCGACUGCCAACAAAACGCCUACCUGUCCUACUCCAUUGCUGAUGGGCACAUCCAUGGCAUGCCUGUGGGCACCUAUGUGUCUAUCAACUCGGACAGCGGGCACAUGUAUGCCCUGCGCUCCCUCGAUUAUGAGCAGAUCCGCAGCUUCCAGAUCCAGGUGCAAGCACAGGACGCGGGUUUCCCCCCACUCAGUGCCAAUGUCACCGUCCACAUCUUUGUGCUGGACCAGAACGACAACGCUCCGGUCAUCGUUUCCCCCAUGCUGCACAACGGCUCCGUGGCCACUGAGCUGGUGCCGCGAUCAGCCGGGCCUGGCUACCUUGUGGGCACAGUGUCAGCGGUGGAUGCGGAUGCGGGGCGUACCCCCCCCUCUCCCCAGCUCCUCCAGGCCACUGACUUCACCCUCUUCAGCGUGGCACCAGACACAGGCGAGCUGCGCACCCUCCGCGCCUUUCUGGAGCAGGAUGCAACCCGGCAGCGGCUGGUGGUGCAGGUGCGGGAUGGUGGGCAGCCAGCCCUCUCUGCCACCGUGUCCCUCCUGCUUUCAGUGGUGGAGACCAUGCCUCAGACUCUCUCUGACUUCAGCGAGUUUAGUCUCCCCCCGGAGGCCUUCUCAUCCUCCCCACUCACCCUCUACCUCCUGGUCUCCCUGGGCUCCAUCUCCUUCACUUUCCUCCUUGCCAUCCUCAUCCUCACAGCCAUUCGGUGCCACAGAGAGCAGCACUCCUGCCAAGGUGACGGCUGCUCACUGCGCCGCUGCCACUGCUGUCCCAGGUCCAGAUCUUCCCCUGAUGGCCUGAAGACAUCCAACCUGAUGGUGCAGCCCCCCGCGGGGACCACGGCUGCCACCUGCCUUGAUGUGCCCGAGGGUGGCCCCCCAGGCUACUGCUACAAGGUCUGUCUCGGUCCUGAGUCUGCCCAGAGUGACUUCAUGUUUCUCAAACCCUGCAGCCCGCUCCGGAACAACGAGAAGGACCCAGAGAAGCGGUCCUGGCCAGGCCAGCAUCUCCAUGUAUCCAAGCAGAUCAAACAGCGCAACAUGGACUGGCUGCCUCCAAGCACGCAGCGGCCUGCUCUGAAGAGCUCCCAGAGCCUGGAGGAUGUGGGGGAAAUCCGCAGAGCCCUCCAAAAGGAGCACGAGAGGCUGUGCACGCUGGUGACCCCUGUCUCUGAGUUUCAGAAGGCUUCGGCAGGUACCAACAGCAUCUGGACACCCCAGUACAGCCCCUUGUACCCAGGGCGAAUCCCAGCCCUGGAUUAUCAGCACAAUGUCUACAUCCCUGGCACUCCCACUCUGCUUUCCAGCAAAGACGGGCCCCUCUUCCUAGGCCAGGAGAACAAGAACAGCUUCUCCACCUUUGGCAAGAGGAAGAAGACGACAACUUACUGUGACAUGCAUGAUAGUGUGGUUAUCAACAACAACCUGAAAUAG